GCGUUUGCGUGGAGGAAUAAGAAGCUGUGCGCAAGUUCCACUUCCUGUAAAGUCACAACUCCAUCCCACCAGUGAGCGAAGUGCACAAGGGGAGGGUGCGCAUAUGCGCACAUGCCUGCAUGUCUUCCCACUACGCAAACGCAGUUUUUGCUUCAGCGCGCAAGAGGAGCAUCGGGAGGAACGACGUUCGUAAAGACGGGAUAGGAGAAAUAAACCUGGUUUAAAAAUAAUUUUAAAAAAAUAGGAGAGGAUCGUCUCGUGCGAGCAUCGGAUGGUCGAAGCUCAGUUGGCCGCCCAUCGACAUCUUAUCCCCGGCUUGACUGCUACUCGCUUUGAGGCUCCAGGGGAUUGAUGUACUGGAAAAAUGAAGUUUUGUCCCCUCUGUCAGAGGGCAACGCGGUUCUGUCCACCACGAAGCAGGUGAUCUGCAGUGAGCGUCAGAGUGCUGCGGGCUGCAGCGUGGACUCCAAACAAACGCAAAUGUCUCAGUCGGACGCGGAGUCCCAGCGCUCCAACAUGGAGCGGGAGGACACGCGCUCCUCUCCGAGCACGCCGUCCACGCCCUCCGUGUGCUCGCCCACCUCCACCGCCAGCUCGGGGCACUCCACCGGGAAGAACGUGUGCGCCAGCUGCGGCCUGGAGAUCCUGGAUCGAUACCUGCUCAAGGUGAACAACCUGAUCUGGCACGUGCGCUGCCUGGAAUGUUCCGUGUGCCGGACGUCGUUACGUCAGCACAGUAGCUGCUACAUCAAAAACAAGGAGAUCUUCUGUAAAAUGGAUUAUUUCAGUAGGUUUGGUACUAAGUGCGCCCGCUGCGGGCGCCAGAUCUACGCCAGCGACUGGGUGCGGCGCGCCAGGGGCAACGCGUACCAUUUGGCGUGUUUUGCUUGCUACUCUUGCAAGAGGCAACUUUCCACGGGGGAGGAGUUUGGACUGGUGGAAGAAAAGGUGCUCUGCAGGAUCCACUAUGACACCAUGGUGGAGAAUCUCAAGCGAGCUGCGGAGAGCGGCAAUGGUAUCACAUUAGAGGGAGCGGUUCCGACAGAACAAGACAAUCAACCCAAACCGGCCAAAAGGGCACGGACGUCUUUCACUGCGGAACAGCUACAGAUCAUGCAGGCCCAGUUUGCCCAGGACAACAACCCAGAUGCUCAAACGUUACAAAAACUAGCCGACAUGACGGGUCUCAGCAGGCGGGUUAUACAGGUGUGGUUUCAAAACUGCAGAGCAAGACACAAAAAGCACACGCCCCAGCACAGCGGGGGGCCUCAGGGUCACCCCCAGUCCAGGAUACCCUCAUCUUUGCCCGAUGACCUUCACUACUCCCCCUUCGGCAGCCCAGACCGGGCGCGCAUGGUCGCCCUACAUGGAUACAUCGACAGUGCGUCUUUUGGCUUCUCAUGUCACCCUUUCUCCGUGUUGACCUCGCAGAAUCUUCCCCAUCAGGCCAUGUCGCUGCCCCAGCUGCCCCUCAGCCGCUAGCCCACCGCUACCACCCCGACCUUUCUGGACCCCUGCAAACCCCACUGCCCUGACCCUUGACCUCCAAUCACUGAUGCCCGCGUGGCAACCAUGAGGUCGAGCGGGAGUCGGCUCGGCUGAGCGAGAGAAUAUUCCGCCUCCUCGUAUAUGAUGUCAUUGAUCACACGCGCAUCGUACAAGUGGAAUCGUUUUGACUCGGGAGGAGUUUUGGAAGCGUGGAAGUGACUCAAGCAGAAGGACUGAAGCCUCUGGAGGUCUCCAAACGAAUGAAGCGGGUGGGAGGGGGGAUUUGACACAGUGGUGAGCUCAAACUGUGGUCAGCAAGACCUUGGAAGUCCACCAAAAUGAAAUUUACUCAUCAUCCAUAAUGACCCGCGGCAACAAAACCUCGUUGUCUCGCAAGGCGUCAUUUCCAAUUGCCGAUUAUGUCAAUUGGAUUCAAUGGCUUAAAAUGAAGGAUGACCGCAAAGCACAAAGUCGGGGUAUUUUGUCAAUUUCAGGUUUCUAUAAACAGACUGCAUACUGGUCAAAGUAAUCAUUCCUUAAAGAAAAGAAAGGAAAUAAAAUAAUGCCUGUCUUUGCUUGGAGUGGAACAGUAUUGGUACAAAAAUGGAACCUACUAGUAAGAUGUGACUUUUUGUGAGUGCGUGCGUGUGUGUGUGUGUGUGUGUGUUGGGGAAGGUCUGCGCAUCAUGUACUUAAAUCCCAAGGCCAUCGUGUAAAGAAGCAGAUUCAACGUGAACCUCAACGUCCUUGUAUUUAUUGAGAUGGAAAAAAAAUCCCUGUAAAGCACUUUUGUUUGGUUUUUGUAAAAUAAAAUGAAAAAAACAACAACAACAAUGAAUCGAAAACAAAAGUUUAUUUGAUAGACUGUGCAUCAUCGAUGUUUUGUGUAAACACACGCAAUAAAACAGAAUGUGAUGA